GAAUCUCUAUGCUUCUCUCUCUGCAAUUACUCUUUGAAAGCACUUCUCUCUAGAAUAUUGAGUAUUGCUGACUUGAGCGUUGGAGUGUUUUCCCCGAGGAAACAUCCUCGGGGUUUUCAGGUGUAGAAGCAGCUGAAGACUUCAACAGCGUUGGAUUGUGAAGCUGCCCAAACAUUUGGCGCCGUCUGUGGGAAACUGAACAAGAAGUUGUGUAACUUAACCUGCUGAAAGACGAAAUGGUUCGAACUUUUACAGGAGGUCGCCCCCCGAGGAAUGAGAUGGACGAACAGGAUGACGCUCAAGUAUCUGAGCCCGGAUUGAAUGACUUUAGGCCAAUGCCAAGAAACCUUUUCGUCGGAGGAGCCGAACAGGGUCACCUGAGUGAAACAGAUGACGAAAGAACACCAACUGGGUAUGCAACCCAGCCUGAACAGUUCCAAGUUCCAACUGGGACAAGACAAAGACCUUCUAGACCACACAACUCACAGCAUGAACGACCUGAAAGGUCCACAGAACCUGCUCGGACGACCGAGCUCGAAGAAAGAACCAGAGUUCUCGAAAUGGCAAUGGGAAAAAUCCUUGCCCGUCUGAUUCCUGAUGACCCCCUGAUUCCUUUGUUGAACAGGGAUGCACAGCUAGCUGCGGUUGUUGCAACUCGAAACUCCCCUGCUCUAAGCAACAUAGUGGUGCCGACCAGGCCAAGGGGAAGUGGAAAGCUAAAUAUCGAGCACAGCUCAUCCAAGCACAACGAAGAACUGUUGAAGAAGAACGCAGACCUUGAAAGGCAGCUAAAAGAGGUACAAAAGUCUAUAGACGAACUGAAAAGCCCCAGGUCGUAUCAGCAAACUCUUGAUUUAGAUAGCGCCCCAUUGAACCUAUCCAUCACGGUAGAACCAUAUCAAGAGGGAUUUAAAAUUCCCCAUUUAGAGACGUAUGAUGGCUCGGGCGACCCGGACGAGCAUCUGCACACUUAUCAAGCCAUCAUGAGAAUACAAAACGCCAAUGAUGCCAUGAUGUGCAAAGUGUUCCCAGCAGCACUUAAAACAACAGCCAGGAGAUGGUAUCACAAACUCCCCAGACAUUCCAUAGACUCGUACUCCCAGCUCACCAAGCUAUUCUCCAACAAGUUUGCGAGCCAAAGGGAAAUUAAACGCACGGCGACUGAACUGAUGCAGGUUCAUCAAAAAGAGGGGGAGUCGUUGAGAGACUACAUGCAACGAUUCAACAAAGCUACUUUGGACAUUGAUAACGUCCCCGAUACCAUUUGCUUAUCUGCCUUGUUGCAUGGCCUGAAGCCUGGCCGGUUUUUGGACGACCUGUUGGAGAAUCCGCCCAAGUCAUGGAAUGAAGUAAAUGACAGGUCGGCAAGCUUCAUAUUGUCUGAAGAUUUUCAAUCUUCUAAGAGACGAGCUGAUGACAGACACGGAAAAGAAUCCAAGCAACCUGAAAGCAGAGAUGACAAGAAGAAGCAGAAGGUUGGCGAGCAGAGAGGGAAACCACCCUCUUAUCCAAAAUAUGACAGCUACAUACCCCUGAGCUCGUUGCGAUCCCAGAUAUUGUCGCAGAUACAGCAUUGGGUCAAGAGACCCCCUCCACAAACGCAUGAUUCUUCACGAGCUGACAGAAGCAAAUACUGCGACUAUCAUCGUGUCUACGGCCAUAUCACAGAAGAUUGUCAGAGCCUGAAGGACGAGCUCGAAUUUUUGGCUUGUAAUGGAAAAUUGGAGGGGCCGGCCCGUACUCAUUUGAGCCGACCAGAGCAUACAGGGGACGCCCGUUCAAUAGGCCGAGCAGGAGAGCCUGACGUCGUGAUGCCUCAUGCGGAUCCUUUUGUAGCAACAGUCCAUAUAGGCAACCAUAACGUCAAUAAGGUCUUCAUUGACACUGGGAGCUCGCCGGAUAUCCUGUAUUGGAGUUGCUUUCAAAAGGUGCAAUUGAACCCUAGCUCGUUACAAAAAUAUGAAGGGCCUAUCUACGGGUUCGACAACCAACCCGUUCCGGUGGAGGGAGUAAUUACGUUUCCCAUUUACGUGGGCUCAGAACCACGCUUCAGGAUGGCUUCAGUCAGCUUCCUGGUCGUCAAAAUGGAAUCAGCUUUCAACGCCAUACUAGGAAGGGCUACUCUGUGCGAACUGAAGGCUGUCAUCUCACAACCCCAUCUCUGUAUGAAAUUCCCAACGCCUCUGGGGGUGGGAGUGCUGAAGGGGAAUCAGAAGAUGGCCAGGGCAUGUUACCAGGAUACGUUUAAGAAGGUUGAGCUCGCUGUAGCCCCUGGGAGCUCUGAAAUUGGUAGGCCGACUCAGCCCGGCCAGCAGACAAUGAGCAUAUCGGACAUUGAGCAUAGACCUGAGGGCGUCGGACAGAAAGCAGAGCCAGUAGAGCCAGUAGAAACUGUUCCUCUAAACCCUGAUAUGCCGGAAAGAACAGUCAAGAUCGGCACCAAGCUCACAAAGAAAGAACGAGUAGAGCUCCUGGAGUUUUUGAGGGUCAAUCAAGAUGUGUUCGCAUGGACUACUGAUGAAAUGCCUGGUGUCCUCGCAGAGUUGACGGUCCACAAGCUCAGCACGGACCCCACCCGAAGGCCGGUGGUGCAGAAACGUCGCCUUUUUGGCCCCGAGAAGCAAGCUGCAAUAGAUGAAGAGAUACAAAAGCUGUUACAGGCAGGCUUCAUCAGGAGAGUGGAGUACUCUGAAUGGGUGUCCAACCCUGUACUCGUCAAAAAGCCAAAUGGCAAGUGGAGGAUGUGUAUUGACUUCACCAACCUCAAUGAUGCGUGUCCAAAAGACCCUCAUCCCCUGCCAAACGUUGAGAAGUUAGUGGAGCGGGCAGCUGGGCAUGAACGGAUGAGUUUUCUUGACGCCAGCUCGGGCUAUCACCAGGUUCAGUUGCUGUUGGACGACCAGGAGAAAACGGCUUUCUACGCAGGGGACGCUAUCUAUUGCUAUGUGAUGAUGCCAUUCGGCUUGAAAAAUGCUGGCGCUACAUAUCAGAAGCUGGUACAAAUCGUCUUCAAGCUCCAGAUUGGCAGAAACAUAGAAGUGUAUGUGGAUGACAUGAUAGUCACCAGCGUGCGAGCCGUGGACCAUAUAGUCGAUCUGAGCGAGACCUUUCAGAAUUUGCGUCGAGCCCAAAUGAAGUUGAACCCUCUGAAGUGCACGUUCGCUGUAGAAUCAGGAAAAUUCCUAGGAUACGUGGUAUCCAAGAAAGGAAUUGAAGUGAACCCAGAAAAGGUUCUGGCCGUUCAACAGAUGGAGCCUCCCAAGACUGUAAAGGAUGUGCAACGUCUAACAGCUAACAUAGAGGGAUCAGGUGCUAGAGCUGUGUUAGUGGGCCCAGAUGGCUUUAAGUCUGAGCACGCACUAAGGUUUAAGUUUCAGACGACUAAUAACGCUGCAGAAUAUGAAACCCUCAUUUACGGACUAAAGGUGGCAUCCGAGCUGAAGGUACAAAGCAUUCAGGUCUUUAGUGACUCUCAGCUCGUAGUAGGCCAGGUCAAUGGCAGCUGUGAGAUCAGGGACCCCCAACUCGGCCGUUAUGCCUCUGUGGUCAACAGACUGAAGUCGAUGUUUGUUCUUUUCCAAAUUGAUAAAAUACCCAGAGCAGAUAACCACCGAGCCGACGAGCUGUCCAAGUUGGCCUCCUCGCAGGACAUUAACCCUCAGAGGUCAACAAUUGUCGAGAUACUUGACGCCCCAAGCUACACCGAUCUCGCAGCCGAAUGUCAACUAUUGAGUACAAACCCCUCUACACCGAGCUGGACCACCCCGCUAAUAAGUUAUUUACAAAGUGGCGAGCUACCUGAAGACAAGUCCGAUGCAAAGCUGGUUAGACGCAGGGCGGCACAUUUCACUUUGAUAGACAACCGGCUCUACAAACGAGCAGCCUCAAUGCCCCUAUUACGCUGCCUUACUCCUUAUGAAGCUGAAUACGCUGUGAGAGAAGUCCACGAAGGAGUAUGUGGCACGCACAUCGGUGGUAAGACUUUAGCUCGGAAACUCCUAAGACAUGGGUAUUACUGGCCCACUAUGGUCGAGGACGCGCAGAGCUAUGUCAAAAAGUGCCCGACCUGCCAGUUCAGUGCUGAUGAUAUUCACAUGCCAGGGGAAAUGCUAUCAUCUCUCACGUCUCCCUGGCCCUUUGCUCAAUGGGGUGUCGACCUGCUCGGCCCUUUCGUCAAAGGUAAAGGAGGCUGCACUUUCCUGGUCGUUGCGGUAAAUUACUUCACUAAAUGGAUAGAAGCUAAACCAUUGUCCACGACAACAGAAAAGAAGAUAGAAGAAUUCUUAUUCAAUUCAAUAUUGUGCAGGUUUGGCAUACCUCAGCGGAUUAUUGCUGAUAAUGGGCCCCAAUUCCGAGCAGCAGCACUGAGAUCGUUCUGCAAGGACUAUGGCAUUGAGCUCUCCUUAACAUCUGUGUACACUCCGCAGUCAAACGGACAGGCCGAGUCUGCCAAUAAAAUUGUUUUGCGAGGCCUCAAGACGCGCGUUAUAACCGCGCGUUCUAAUUGGGUCGACGAGCUCAAUAAAGUACUUUGGUCAUGUCGCACGACACCCAGCUCGGCCACGGGCGAAACUCCGUUCAGCCUGGCAUAUGGAGCCGAGGCCGUCAUCCCUGUCGAAGUUGGUCUACCAUCUGUUAAAUCAGAUCGUCAGGAUGAUCAGAAUAACGGGCAACUCCUAAAAGAAAACCUAGACCUAGUGGAGGAAGUCAGGGAAAAGGCUCGAAUUAGGAACAUGGCACACCAAAGCCGUGUGGCAAAGUUUUAUAACAAGAGAGUUCGAGCUCGACAGUUUCAGGUCGGCGAUCUGGUUCUCCGCAAAGCUGGAUUAACCAAUGCCUAUUCGCAUAUGGGCAAGCUCGCCCCUAAUUGGGAAGGCCCUUAUAUGGUUAUUAAUAUUAAACGACCUGGGUGUUAUCAAUUAGCAGAUUUACAAGGUCGUCCGUUGUCGUUCAUAUGGAACAUACACAAUCUUAGAAAGUUUUAUAGUUAGCGUGUAUAUUAUUAGUGCUCAGGUCGUUACUGAUCAUUUGUAAACAGUGACUUAUUGAACAUUCAACACAGAAAUUUCAGAACAAAAGACUUGAAUUUGUAUUUCAUCAAUGAAAUUUUACAAGUGUA